CUGCGUUCCAAACCGUGUACAAGUCUACAGCAUAGUGCGCGUAAUCCGCCUUAAAGUCUAGUGCGGAAGUGCGCUGUUUGUUAUAGAGAUGUGCUAGUAACUCUGUGCAUCUAUUCAAACACUCAGGACAGAGGGACAGCUGCUGAAGUGAACACAGGAUAUGCUUUGAGAAUCUUCUAAAGCUCUUCAGUUUUGAGGAGGCCAGUGAAGUGAAGAGUGAUGGCGGGAGAGAAGAGCUCUCCAGAGGAAACAUUCUCUUCCAGAGUCAAUCGGAUGGUGUUUCUUGCUCUCCUUCUUGACCUGCUGGGGUUCACAGUAAUCCUCCCCCUUCUCCCUUCCAUCUUGGAUCACUACAGUCAAACAGGGGAUAGUGUGUAUCUGUCACUACAAAGCAUUGUGGACUGGUUCCGAGGCAUUGUAGGAAUUCCUUUGGAAAGAAAAUACACCAGUGUACUUUUUGGAGGUCUGAUUGGCUCACUCUACUCAUUGCUGCAGUUCAUUUGCUCUCCUGUGAUAGGAGCUGCAUCUGAUCAGUAUGGCAGAAGACCGCUGCUACUUUUAACUACUGUUGGGCUGAUUUUCUCCUACAUUCUGUGGGCUGUUUCUCACAGCUUCAGUGUUUUUCUCCUGUCUCGUGUGGUGGGAGGAAUCUGUAAGGGCAAUGUCAGCCUCUGCACUGCUGUUGUUGCAGACCUGCCUUGCCCUAAAGCAAGAAACAGAGGGAUGGCAAUGAUUGGUGUUGCCUUCUCUUUGGGUUUUACUUUGGGCCCGUUAAUGGGAGCUUACUUUGCACUGAGACCGGUGGAUACUGAGUUGUUUUAUCAAGGCCCUGCUCUGCUAGCAGUUUUCUUUUCUGUAGCAGACCUGAUCUUCAUUUUUUACAUGCUUCCAGAGACUUUGAACAAGGGCACCUCGGAGCACACAAGCGUUCAGGAGACAGGAGACCUGCUCAACCCAGUGGCCCUUUUCAACUUCUCUGCUGUCACAAGAACAAAGACGCCACCUUCCAAACAACGGAUGGGCAACCUUAAGGUUCUAGGCUUGGUGUACUUCACAUACCUCUUCCUUUUCUCUGGUCUUGAGUUCACACUCAGCUUCUUAACUCACCAGCGCUUCCAGUUCUCCAGCAUGCAACAGGGGAAGAUGUUCUUUUUCAUUGGAAUCACCAUGGCAACAUUCCAGGGAGGAUACGCACGCAGGAUCCAACCAGCUCAGCAGAUCCAGACAGUCCGCAUGGCAAUAUUAUUACUCAUUCCAGCCUUCAUACUCCUUGGAAUAGCAUGGAAUUUAAUAAUGCUUUAUGUCAGUCUGUUUCUCUAUUCCUUUGCGGCUGCCAUUGUUGUACCGUGUCUUUCAGCGCAAGUAUCUGGUCACGGCACAGCAAGUCAGAAAGGUACAGUGAUGGGGAUCCUGCGUAGUCUGGGUGCAUUGGCUCGAGCACUGGGUCCAGUUAUGGCUUCCUCAGUGUACUGGCUUGCCGGUGCUGAGCUGUGCUUCAUCAUCAGUUCGACAUUGUUUAUUGUCCCAUUGCUCCUACUGCACCAAAUAGAGGAGCACAAAGAGGAUUAACAACUCACACACACCCAUACAGCUUUUAUUGGAAAUACCUUUUACAAGCAAUUUAUAUAUGGCAUACAUAUAUUUCCUACUUUCCUCUUUUUAUACAAUGAUACAUUUUAUAAUACAAUAUAUUUUAAGAGAAGACUGCAGUGCAGUAUAACAGUGACACAAUUUUGUUACACUACAAGGCUGAUAUUCAAUAUAUAUCAAGAUAUUCAAUAAAUUUGAUUGCUAAAACUAAAAACCUUUUAUAACUCUAUAA